GAGAAUACCAUAUGAUUGUUUUUUAGCGUUGGGUUUCAUUUGAAUUUUUCUUGUUUUUGCAUUUGGAACUCAUAGCCAACCGUGGGCACCACUAACUAAUUCCUCCUACGACCUCUUCCUAAAGCUCCCUGUUUUAUACACAAAGAUAAAAAUGGCAGACGGUGAGGAUAUUCAGCCACUCGUCUGUGAUAAUGGGACUGGAAUGGUCAAGGCAGGGUUUGCUGGAGAUGAUGCUCCAAGAGCAGUAUUUCCGAGUAUUGUUGGUCGCCCACGCCACACAGGUGUGAUGGUUGGCAUGGGGCAAAAAGAUGCAUAUGUUGGUGAUGAAGCUCAAUCCAAACGUGGUAUUCUAACUUUGAAAUAUCCAAUUGAACAUGGUAUUGUUAGCAACUGGGAUGAUAUGGAGAAAAUCUGGCAUCAUACAUUUUACAACGAACUUCGUGUUGCGCCAGAGGAACACCCUGUACUACUCACUGAAGCACCUCUUAACCCGAAGGCUAAUCGCGAA